GCGUCACUGGGCGCGUUCGGCGGACGUUCGGUUCGAUACUCGGGUUGUAGGCAUCAUCCCCCUUGGCUCAUCAUCUCAUCCUGUGUUCCCGAGAGGGAAAUCGCGCCUGGACUCUGGAAAGAGCCCGCGAUAGCUGGGUCUUUUGGACUCUGCUACCCCAGCCCCCCCCUCCCCCCGGGGUGGUGUUCGGGAACGAUCGGGUCGCGGUGUAUAAAACUCGAUUCCCGCCCGCCGUUAGGUAACAGUCCAUUGUGUAACGUUGCCGGGAUCGGGAACCAAAGCCGAGCGCAAAUCCCGUGUUUUUUGGCCAGUGUGUGCGUGCGUGCGUAUGUGUGUGUUUGUUUGUUUGUGUGAACGAUAAGUGAAGAAUAUCCCGUAGCAAGACGUAGUGAACUAUUUGAGGUGCCGUAACGAAGUUGGACAAGUGUUUGAUUGACCUGCAGCAGCAGCAUUGCCCAAAACACGUGGAGAAAGUUCUUCGUCCAGCGAGACUUGCGGUGUUGUGUAGCGUUCGCACCACAUUAAACAUACUGGUGGUAUUUAAAGCAAAUAAUAACUCCCCCUCGCAGCAUAGCCACUCUCUUGGCUCGAGGCAGGCAGGUCCACCGAUGCCAGAGGUCGUACCGAAGACCGGACAUUGAACGCACUCUGCCAGAAGAAAGUUUGGUCGGUUGUUCACUUCCGCCGAUGUUUGUUGUGGCUGCUGUGUGUAACACGUUGGUGAAAUAGAAAAAGCAAACUCUGGUGCGUGAACCUUCAAGAGAGCAGCAAUAUGACCUCCUCCGCACAUUCGAUACCGAUACUGAUUUUCGUCAUCAUCGCGGCGGUAACGCCCGCCAGUAACGCUUUGCCCAAGCAGCGUUACUCGCGUGAUGGCGGUGAACCGCGCAGUCUGGUUGGUGUCUCGACUAACAUCAUCACGAGCAGCCUGUUGAAGGGAGCGGCCGAAACGUCCGGUAACCAUGUGUUUUCCCCGAUCGGGUUCUCCUCGAUACUGGCGAUGAUCAGCGAGGGAGCCGAGGGCCAAACGCUCAAGGAGCUGUACGACGUCUUCAAGUUCCCGACGGAUCGAGAUUUGGUUCGUAAAGCGUUUGAUGUGUCGUUGAAGCGAUUGAGUGGUCAAAGCCCAACGGAUGAGCCACAGUUCAAGACCUGGUUCUACAUCUACAAAAACAACACCGUAGUGCAGGCGUACAAGGAUGUGCUGGAGCGCAACUACGGUGUGGAGGUGCGUGACAUUGAGCGGAACGAUUACAACUUCGAUGAGCCAAAAACUUCGCUCGACCCAGUCGUGGUUGAGGAAGAGAUUGCCGAGGAAAGUAACAAUCCGGACGGUGACAACCUAGUGGUGGAACAGAGCGGCGGUAACAACAGUAACAGCAAGGACAUUGUUGAUUUCGAAGUGCUCAAGAUUAAGUCGGUGCUGCCGGUGGAAGACGAGCUGCGAACGACGGACACUGGCAUUAGCACGAAGUACGACGAGAUUGACGAUGAAAAUCCAAAGUUUGACAAGAACAUCGACGAUAAGGAGUACGUUGAUCCGACCAAAAUCAAGGAAGAGCUGGCUAAGGAAAAGUUGGAAGCCAUGAAUGAGGUGGCGGCUGGCGGGGAGCUCGAUGAGGCGACCGUCAAGAAGACGUCGGAAGAGACCCAAAAACUUGGCGAUGAUGAUGAUCAGCCCGAAAAAAUGAGUUUACCGUUGAAGGAGCUCAGCUUGGAUGAUGAUCACGAGGUAAUGCAGGCGGUAGAAAGUCAAGGCUCGAGAAGAAAGUUCAACGUAAGACGAUCGUUCCUAACGGGAGACAUCGCGUCGGCUUUGAGCGGAAACUCGCUGGUAGGACGUAAGGCUAAUCUGAAGGAAGAUGAAGAGCCGGUCAACGAAUCCAAGAUGCUGCUGUUUAACGGUCUUUACUUCCGGGGCAGCUGGGCUACUCCGUUCCAGCAACUUCGCACGGAAGAAAGUACCUUCUUUACCAACACGGAUGAACGGCCAGUCAUGAUGAUGCGAUCGCAGGGUACCUUUGGCGUUGGAAAGGACGAUCAGCUCGACGCCAAGUUCUUGGAGUUGCCGUACAAUAACUCCCGCUAUUCACUGCUGCUGAUGGUACCGAACAGCAAGGAAGGCUUGAAAGAUCUCAUCAAAAACUUUAACCCCGAUACACUGAGCACCGUGCAGAAGUCUUUGGUAAAAAUGCCGGUCCACAUUUGCAUUCCCAAAUUUCGCAUCGAUACGACUAGCCGUGCGGAGAAACCGCUUGCUAAGCUCGGGCUCAUCACCAUGUUUACCUCGAAGGCGGACCUGAGCGGCAUCACCACCGAGCAGAAGAUCCACGUCGACGAACUCGUGCAGCAUGUGUCGAUCCGCGUCGACGAAGGUUCCAGCAGCGAGAACGCACUGUCGGCCACGAAUCUCGUCGAGUCGAAAACGCUCGAAGACGACCAGGAACACUUUACCGCCGACAAACCGUUCCUGUUCUUCGUGCGCGACAUCGUCGACGAUAUCGUGAUCGUUGCUGGCAAGAUCACGGACAUACCGUACGUCGAGUUUGGCAAUGGCGGUCGUACAUCGAGAUCUGGCCUACAGCAGCACUGGAAAAACAAUCGGUCCGCUCCGUGCCGAAUGGACGGGACACUUAUCGCGAGCGAUCGUACGGACGACAGGGGAAGUAGGUGGAACGUCAACGACGUCGAGUUGUUUAGCAACGGAAAAUCCGUGUGGCAAAACCUGUUCGCACGUUCGCAUCGGCGUAGGUGUGUGAGUGUAUUUUGCGGCAACAAUCGCAGCUCACGGAGUUACGGGUCGCACAAGGAAAUCAGCGCCAAACGUGUACCUGCGUCCAUUGUUCCGGCGCCAUCUGCACUCACAAUGGCCGUUGAGAAGCGCUCUUUCCGGGCAGGCUUCGUGCUGCUGCUCUGUGCUGCAUCCCUCUGCUUAACGCAGGCCCAAUAUUUCCCCGGAUUCCCGCAGCUUCCAGACUUGUUCUUCAGCAUUCCUCCCUUUUACAACCCCCAACUACAAAGCCUACCUCGACCGGCUGCUUUGCGUGUGGAAGAAGAUGUGUCAAAGCAACAACAACAGCUACAACUGCAGAAACAGCAGCAACAAGAACAACAACAGCAACAAGAGCAACAACGGCAACAAGAAGAACAGAAGCAGCAAAAGCAACUGCUGCAGCGGCUUCAAGACGAUGAGCCGGCCAUAUCAUUCCCGGAUUACAAUCAACAGUCCGAUAAUCUUCGAACUCGCCAGCCUAUCGUCCGCCUGCAGCAACAGCAGCAACAGCAGCAACAGCAGUCACCUGCAGCGAUGCAAUUCGCCUGGAACAUGAUGAAGACCGUAGUACUGCCGAAGCAUGAAAACACUGUACUCUGCCCGAUACUGCCCCAGACACUGCUUGCCACCCUGCAAGAUGCGGCUGACAACGUUGCCAAAGCCGAACUACGCUCCUCAGUGUUUGCCUCCUCACGGGAACUGGGAAAACUGGUCCGUGGUCAGAUCAUCGCCACCCAACAGUCGGGCGUGAACAAGCUCGACCAAGCGAUGGCCAUCUUCCUGGGGGAGAAUACCAAAAUUAGCCUACCGAUCGAGAAGAAUGCGCGCGAAGAUGGCGUCGACAUUCUGCAGGUGAACUUCCAGAACCGUAAUGCUGCUGCGGCGGUUGCCAACAAUUGGGUUUCGCAAAAGUCGCAAGGCGUUAUCCGGGAGAUCAUUGCGCCGAGUGCGCUCGAUGCCGCCACCCGUGUGCUGAUGGCGAGUGUGAUCUACUUCAAGGGAAAGUGGAAGCACCAGUUCACCAAAACCGAACCGGGACGCUUCGAAACGUCGGAAAGUUCGGAAAACGGGAGAACCCCGUCCGGCAAGCAGGUACCGAUGAUGUACCAGUACAACAAGCUCCGGUACGGCGAGAAAGAUUUCGCCGACGGUAACGGUAUGCGCUGGGUGGAGCUACCGUACGAAGGUACGGCCGGACUGUCGAUGAUACUGAUGCUGCCCAAGGUACGCCACCAGUUGCAGCGUUCGGCCGACCAGCUUAGCAUCGCGGACAUGACGGAGCUGAUCACCAGCCUUAAGCAGAACCGUGGCACCAACAAGAUGCAUCUGCACGUGCCAAAGUUCAACCUGUACAGCUCGCUCUCGCUAGUGCCGGCCCUUAAGAGCCUGGGAUUGCGAUCAAUCUUUGAGCGAGCGUCCGCACUGAGGGAUCUUUCCAACGAACAGCUCGUGGUGCGGGACGUGUCCCAGCGGACCUAUAUCUCGAUCGACGAGCAAGGAACGAAGGCAGUAUCGGCGGCAUCACUGUCGUUUGUGGCGCUUAGUGCAGCUCCACCACCACCGACCAUCAACUUUACCGUCAACGAACCGUUCCUGUUGAUGAUCGUGGACAAAACGUACGAGUAUCCCCUGUUUGUGGGAAAGAUAGUGGACCCGGGAUCGAACUAAGUUCGAUAACGGACCUAUCUAGGGUCGCCCGUACGUACUACGCUAACGUACUUACCUCCUUUCGCGUUUAAGUCUUUUACAUCCAGUCCAGUAAGAUUGAGUAAAAUAAAAUACAAGUACAACAUUA